AUGGACGUGGACGUGGACGUGGACGUGGACGUGGACGUGGACGUGGACGUGGACGUGGACGUGGACGUGGACGUGGACGUGGACGUGGACGUGGACGUGGACGUGACGUGGACGUGGACGUGGACGUGGACGUGGACGUGGACGUGGACGUGGACGUGGACGUGGACGUGGACGUGGACGUGGACGUGGACUGGACGUGGACGUGGACGACGUGGACGUGGACGUGGACGUGGACGUGGACGUGGACGUGGACAUGGACGUGGACAUGGACGUGGACGUGGACGUGGACGUGGACGUGGACGUGGACGUGGACGUGGACGUGGACGUGGACCCGUGACGUGGACGUGGACGUGGACGUGGACGUGGACGUGGACGUGGACGUGGACGUGGACGUGGACGUGGACGUGGACGUGGACAUGGACGUGGACGUGGACGUGGACGUGGACGUGGACGUGGACGUGGACGUGGACGUGGACGUGGACGUGGACGUGGACGUGGACGUGGACGGGACGUGGACGUGGACGUGGACGUGGACGUGGACUGGACGUGGACGUGGACGUGGACGUGGACGUGGACGUGGACGUGGACGUGGACGUGGACGUGGACGUGGACGUGGACGUGGACGUGGACGUGGACGUGGACGUGGACGUGGACGUGGACAUGGGUGGUGGACGUGGACGUGGACGUGGACGUGGACGUGGACGUGGACGUGGACGACGUGACGUGGACGUGGACGUGGACGUGGACGUGGACGUGGACGUGGAACGUGGACGUGGACGUGGACGUGGACGUGGACGUGGACGUGGACGUGGACGUGGACGUGGACGUGGACGUGACGUGGACGUGGACGUGGACGUGGACGUGGACGUGGACGUGGACGUGGACGUGGACGUGGACGUGGACGUGGACGUGGACGUGGACGUGGACGUGGACGUGGACGUGGACGUGGACGUGGACGUGGACGUGGACGUGGACGUGGACGUGGACGUGGACGUGGACGUGGACGUGGACGUGGACGUGGACGUGGACGUGGACGUGGACGUGGACGUGGACGUGGACGUGGACGUGGACGACGUGGACGUGGACGUGGACGUGGACGUGGACGUGGACGUGGACGUGGACGUGGACGUGGACGUGGACGUGGACGUGGACGUGGACGUGGACGUGGACUGGACGUGGACGUGGACGUGGACGUGGACGUGGACGUGGACGUGGACGUGGACGUGGACGUGGACGUGGACGUGGACGUGGACGUGGACGUGGACGUGGACGUGGACGUGGACGUGGACGUGGACGUGGACGUGGACGUGGACGUGGACGUGGACGUGGACGUGGACGUGGACGUGGACGUGGACGUGGACGUGGACGUGGACGUGGACGUGGACGUGGACGUGGACGUGGACGUGGACGUGGACGUGGACGUGGACGUGGACGUGGACGGGGACGUGGACGUGGACGUGGACGUGGACGUGGACGUGGACGUGGACGUGGACGUGGACGUGGACGUGGGACGUGGACGUGGACGUGGACGUGGACGUGGACGUGGACGUGGACGUGGACGUGGACGUGGACGUGGACGUGGACGUGGACGUGGACGUGGACUGGACGUGGACGUGGACGUGGACGUGGACGUGGACGUGGACGUGGACGUGGACGUGGACGUGGACGUGGACGUGGACGUGGACGUGGACGUGGACGUGGACGUGGACGUGGACGUGGACGUGGACGUGGACGUGGACGUGGACGUGGACGUGGACGUGGACGUGGACGUGGACGUGGACGUGGACGUGGACGUGGACGUGGACGUGGACGUGGACGUGGACGUGGACGUGGACGUGGACGUGGACGUGGACGUGGACGUGGACGUGGACGUGGACGUGGACGUGGACGUGGACGUGGACGUGGACGUGGACGUGGACGUGGACGUGGACGUGGACGUGGACGUGGACGUGGACGUGGACGUGGACGUGGACGUGGAGGACGUGGACGUGGACGUGGACGUGGACGUGGACGUGGACGUGGACGUGGACGUGGACGUGGACGUGGACGUGGACGUGGACGUGGACGUGGACGUGGACGUGGACGUGGACGUGGACGUGGACGUGGACGUGGACGUGGACGUGGACGUGGACGUGGACGUGGACGUGGACGUGGACGUGGACGUGGACGUGGACGUGGACGUGGACGUGGACGUGGACGUGGACGUGGACGUGGACGUGGACGUGGACGUGGACGUGGACGUGGACGUGGACGUGGACGUGGACGUGGACGUGGACGUGGACGUGGACGUGGACGUGGACGUGGACGACGUGGACGUGGACGUGGACGUGGACGUGGACGUGGACGUGGACGUGGACGUGGACGUGGACGUGGACGUGGACGUGGACGUGGACGUGGACGUGGACGUGGACGUGGACGUGGACGUGGACGUGGACGUGGACGUGGACGUGGACGUGGACGUGGACGUGGACGUGGACGUGGACGUGGACGUGGACGUGGACGUGGACGUGGACGUGGACGUGGACGUGGACGUGGACGUGGACGUGGACGUGGACGUGGACGUGGACGUGGACGUGGACGUGGACGUGGACGUGGACGUGGACGUGGACGUGGACGUGGACGUGGACGUGGACGUGGACGUGGACGUGGACGUGGACGUGGACGUGGACGUGGACGUGGACGUGGACGUGGACGUGGACGUGGACGUGGACGUGGACGUGGACGUGGACGUGGACGUGGACGUGGACGUGGACGUGGACGUGGACGUGGACGUGGACGUGGACGUGGACGUGGACGUGGACGUGGACGUGGACGUGGACGUGGACGUGGACGUGGACGUGGACGUGGACGUGGACGUGGACGUGGACGUGGACGUGGACGUGGACGUGGACGUGGACGUGGACGUGGACGUGGACGUGGACGUGGACGUGGACGUGGACGUGGACGUGGACGUGGACGUGGACGUGGACGUGGACGUGGACGUGGACGUGGACGUGGACGUGGACGUGGACGUGGACGUGGACGUGGACGUGGACGUGGACGUGGACGUGGACGUGGACGUGGACGUGGACGUGGACGUGGACGUGGACGUGGACGUGGACGUGGACGUGGACGUGGACGUGGACGUGGACGUGGACGUGGACGUGGACGUGGACGUGGACGUGGACGUGGACGUGGACGUGGACGUGGACGUGGACGUGGACGUGGACGUGGACGUGGACGUGGACGUGGACGUGGACGUGGACGUGGACGUGGACGUGGACGUGGACGUGGACGUGGACGUGGACGUGGACGUGGACGUGGACGUGGACGUGGACAUGGACGUGGACGUGGACGUGGACGUGGACGUGGACGUGGACGUGGACGUGGACGUGGACGUGGACGUGGACGUGGACGUGGACGUGGACGUGGACGUGGACGUGGACGUGGACGUGGACGUGGACGUGGACGUGGACGUGGACGUGGACGUGGACGUGGACGUGGACGUGGACGUGGACGUGGACGUGGACGUGGACGUGGACGUGGACGUGGACGUGGACGUGGACGUGGACGUGGACGUGGACGUGGACGUGGACGUGGACGUGGACGUGGACGUGGACGUGGACGUGGACGUGGACGUGGACGUGGACGUGGACGUGGACGUGGACGUGGACGUGGACGUGGACGUGGACGUGGACGUGGACGUGGACGUGGACGUGGACGUGGACGUGGACGUGGACGUGGACGUGGACGUGGACGUGGACGUGGACGUGGACGUGGACGUGGACGUGGACGUGGACGUGGACGUGGACGUGGACGUGGACGUGGACGUGGACGUGGACGUGGACGUGGACGUGGACGUGGACGUGGACGUGGACGUGGACGUGGACGUGGACGUGGACGUGGACGUGGAUGGACGUGGACGUGGACGUGGACGUGGACGUGGACGUGGACGUGGACGUGGACGUGGACGUGGACGUGGACGUGGACGUGGACGUGGACGUGGACGUGGACGUGGACGUGGACGUGGACGUGGACGUGGACGUGGACGUGGACGUGGACGUGGACGUGGACGUGGACGUGGACGUGGACGUGGACGUGGACGUGGACGUGGACGUGGACGUGGACGUGGACGUGGACGUGGACGUGGACGUGGACGUGGACGUGGACGUGGACGUGGACGUGGACGUGGACGUGGACGUGGACGUGGACGUGGACGUGGACGUGGACGUGGACGUGGACGUGGACGUGGACGUGGACGUGGACGUGGACGUGGACGUGGACGUGGACGUGGACGUGGACGUGGACGUGGACGUGGACGUGGACGUGGACGUGGACGUGGACGUGGACGUGGACGUGGACGUGGACGUGGACGUGGACGACGUGGACGUGGACGUGGACGUGGACGUGGACGUGGACGUGGACGUGGACGUGGACGUGGACGUGGACGUGGACGUGGACGUGGACGUGGACGUGGACGUGGACGUGGACGUGGACGUGGACGUGGACGUGGACGUGGACGUGGACGUGGACGUGGACGUGGACGUGGACGUGGACGUGGACGUGGACGUGGACGUGGACGUGGACGUGGACGUGGACGUGGACGUGGACGUGGACGUGGACGUGGACGUGGACGUGGACGUGGACGUGGACGUGGACGUGGACGUGGACGUGGACGUGGACGUGGACGUGGACGUGGACGUGGACGUGGACGUGGACGUGGACGUGGACGUGGACGUGGACGUGGACGUGGACGUGGACGUGGACGUGGACGUGGACGUGGACGUGGACGUGGACGUGGACGUGGACGUGGACGUGGACGUGGACGUGGACGUGGACGUGGACGUGGACGUGGACGUGGACGUGGACGUGGACGUGGACGUGGACGUGGACGUGGACGUGGACGUGGACGUGGACGUGGACGUGGACGUGGACAUGGACGUGGACGUGGACGUGGACGUGGACGUGGACGUGGACGUGGACGUGGACGUGGACGUGGACGUGGACGUGGACGUGGACGUGGACGUGGACGUGGACGUGGACGUGGACGUGGACGUGGACGUGGACGUGGACGUGGACGUGGACGUGGACGUGGACGUGGACGUGGACGUGGACGUGGACGUGGACGUGGACGUGGACGUGGACGUGGACGUGGACGUGGACGUGGACGUGGACGUGGACGUGGACGUGGACGUGGACGUGGACGUGGACGUGGACGUGGACGUGGACGUGGACGUGGACGUGGACGUGGACGUGGACGUGGACGUGGACGUGGACGUGGACGUGGACGUGGACGUGGACGUGGACGUGGACGUGGACGUGGACGUGGACGUGGACGUGGACGUGGACGUGGACGUGGACGUGGACGUGGACGUGGACGUGGACGUGGACGUGGACGUGGACGUGGACGUGGACGUGGACGUGGACGUGGACGUGGACGUGGACGUGGACGUGGACGUGGACGUGGACGUGGACGUGGACGUGGACGUGGACGUGGACGUGGACGUGGACGUGGACGUGGACGUGGACGUGGACGUGGACGUGGACGUGGACGUGGACGUGGACGUGGACGUGGACGUGGACGUGGACGUGGACGUGGACGUGGACGUGGACGUGGACGUGGACGUGGACGUGGACGUGGACGUGGACGUGGACGUGGACGUGGACGUGGACGUGGACAUGGACGUGGACGUGGACGUGGACGUGGACGUGGACGUGGACGUGGACGUGGACGUGGACGUGGACGUGGACGUGGACGUGGACGUGGACGUGGACGUGGACGUGGACGUGGACGUGGACGUGGACGUGGACGUGGACGUGGACGUGGACGUGGACGUGGACGUGGACGUGGACGUGGACGUGGACGUGGACGUGGACGUGGACGUGGACGUGGACGUGGACGUGGACGUGGACGUGGACGUGGACGUGGACGUGGACGUGGACGUGGACGUGGACGUGGACGUGGACGUGGACGUGGACGUGGACGUGGACGUGGACGUGGACGUGGACGUGGACGUGGACGUGGACGUGGACGUGGACGUGGACGUGGACGUGGACGUGGACGUGGACGUGGACGUGGACGUGGACGUGGACGUGGACGUGGACGUGGACGUGGACGUGGACGUGGACGUGGACGUGGACGUGGACGUGGACGUGGACGUGGACGUGGACGUGGACGUGGACGUGGACGUGGACGUGGACGUGGACGUGGACGUGGACGUGGACGUGGACGUGGACGUGGACGUGGACGUGGACGUGGACGUGGACGUGGACGUGGACGUGGACGUGGACGUGGACGUGGACGUGGACGUGGACGUGGACGUGGACGUGGACGUGGACGUGGACGUGGACGUGGACGUGGACGUGGACGUGGACGUGGACGUGGACGUGGACGUGGACGUGGACGUGGACGUGGACGUGGACGUGGACGUGGACGUGGACGUGGACGUGGACGUGGACGUGGACGUGGACGUGGACGUGGACGUGGACGUGGACGUGGACGUGGACGUGGACGGACGUGGACGUGGACGUGGACGUGGACGUGGACGUGGACGUGGACGUGGACGUGGACGACGUGGACGUGGACGUGGACGUGGACGUGGACGUGGACGUGGACGUGGACGUGGACGUGGACGUGGACGUGGACGUGGACGUGGACGUGGACGUGGACGUGGACGUGGACGUGGACGUGGACGUGGACGUGGACGUGGACGUGGACGUGGACGUGGACGUGGACGUGGACGUGGACGUGGACGUGGACGUGGACGUGGACGUGGACGUGGACGUGGACGUGGACGUGGACGUGGACGUGGACGUGGACGUGGACGUGGACGUGGACGUGACGUGGACGUGGACGUGGACGUGGACGUGGACGUGGACGUGGACGUGGACGUGGACGUGGACGUGGACGUGGACGUGGACGUGGACGUGGACGUGGACGUGGACGUGGACGUGGACGUGGACGUGGACGUGGACGUGGACGUGGACGUGGACGUGGACGUGGACGUGGACGUGGACGUGGACGUGGACGUGGACGUGGACGUGGACGUGGACGUGGACGUGGACGUGGACGUGGACGUGGACGUGGACGUGGACGUGGACGUGGACGUGGACGUGGACGUGGACGUGGACGUGGACGUGGACGUGGACGUGGACGUGGACGUGGACGUGGACGUGGACGUGGACGUGACGUGGACGUGGACGUGGACGUGGACGUGGACGUGGACGUGGACGUGGACGUGGACGUGGACGUGGACGUGGACGUGGACGUGGACGUGGACGUGGACGUGGACGUGGACGUGGACGUGGACGUGGACGUGGACGUGGACGUGGACGUGGACGUGGACGUGGACGUGGACGUGGACGUGGACGUGGACGUGGACGUGGACGUGGACGUGGACGUGGACGUGGACGUGGACGUGGACGUGGACGUGGACGUGGACGUGGACGUGGACGUGGACGUGGACGUGGACGUGGACGUGGACGUGGACGUGGACGUGGACGUGGACGUGGACGUGGACGUGGACGUGGACGUGGACGUGGACGUGGACGUGGACGUGGACGUGGACGUGGACGUGGACGUGGACGUGGACGUGA